CCCCUUUUUCCCACCGUGGCUUCUCCGAUUCAUCGUGCAGCGGCUGAAUAAAUGUGCAUGUGCCUGGAUACACUGUAAAAUGGAUGCAUGUGUUUACGUCAGGCCUUCAACUUCUACCACUUUCAAACUUAAAGGGGAUCUAAAACCCCCAAAAUAAAAUGUCAUCGUAAGCAACUUCCCAAUAGACAUUCAUCGCAGAUCUUCAACGGUCUUCGAUUUAUUUGUACCCGUCGUUGCAACUAAAAGUGGUUCUGUCUCGGGGGGAAGACUGUAGCAGAAGUCGGUUUUGCCCGCUUCCUUCUUAGCUGUGAUUAUCCGCCAGCUUCUGCCACGUUAUAAACUGCCAGACGGAGGAGGCCGAGGUGUAAACAAACUGCUGUACACGGCAUGAGGAAGAGCUGGCCAUAGAAUUACCGAAAGGAGUGGUCCAUCCAGAGAAUCACUAUGACUGAUGGGGACUAUGACUACCUGAUUAAGCUCUUGGCUCUAGGAGAUUCCGGAGUCGGGAAGACAACGUUCCUUUACCGAUACACAGACAACAAGUUCAAUCCUAAAUUCAUCACAACAGUGGGAAUCGACUUUCGGGAAAAAAGAGUGAUAUACAGCAAUGCAGGACCAGGUGGCACUCCUGGCAAAACGUUCAAGGUGCAUUUGCAACUUUGGGACACUGCUGGGCAAGAACGGUUCCGAAGUCUCACUACAGCAUUUUUCAGAGAUGCCAUGGGCUUCUUGUUGAUGUUUGAUCUCACUAGUCAACAGAGCUUCUUGAAUGUCAGAAACUGGAUGAGCCAACUUCAAGCAAACGCUUACUGCGAGAAUCCCGACAUUGUUUUAAUUGGCAACAAGGCUGACUUGUCAGACCAGAGAGAGGUGAAUGAAAGGCAAGCGAAGGAACUUGCUGAUAAAUAUGGCAUUCCCUAUUUUGAGACAAGUGCGGCUUCUGGGAAAGAUGUGGAGAAGUCAGUGGACACUCUUCUGGACUUGAUAAUGAAACGGAUGGAACAGUGUGUGGACAAGACCCAAGUACCAGACGCUGUUAACGGUGGAACCUCUGGGAAACUAGAUGAAGCCAAGCCAGAAGGAAGGAAGUGUGCAUGCUAAAAUAAUCUACAAACUGGGAGAAUCACAAAUACCUAAGGUCAAAUGGCUGAGCAAAACCACUUUCCCAGGAAUCCACUGGGCCACUGACCAUUGCUCUUCUGCCAUUGAUCUAUUCUAACAUUCCAAAAAGAGACUCUCCCCCUGGGAUUUCCCUUGAUACUGUGUAGCAGUGCUGGUGAUUGGGUUGGUUUGAUAUUUGAGGAAUACUCAGAGUUGCUACUCACACUGGUUACUCAUCACUGCUAUAUGGCAACGCCACUUAUGAAGGAAUUGUCAACCACGAGAUGCACAUUGAAAGGAAAUAUAAAGAGGAAAAAAGAUGUUGCUAUAACUCAACGGAAAAUAUUCUAUUUUGGUGUCGUUACAGGUCAAAUUUUCGUUGUGCCAUUUGCUGCAAGCCUCCCCCCCACCCCCCCCGUAUUGCAAGCACGUGAUUGAAUUAGGCAAUACCGGCUUCUGUUUUAUUACCAUGUAUUAUAUCGACUUUGUGCUGUUAACAUUAAAACAAAAGAGUAAAAAAAGUCCUGUCUUAUACGUGGCGAAAAAUCCUGCUCUUUAUCAACUGUUUGUGGCUGAUUCUACGGUGUCUGUUCAAUGCUCUUUAUUGCUAUUGGCAAAAAAAAUAUAUAUAUAUAUCGAAAGUGCUGUUACAAUCAGGGACUUAGUGAGCCUCGUUCUGUAUGUUGACCAUACGCUGUUUAAUGAUCGCCACAGCUCUCUUGGGUGCUUAAAUGUUUCAAGGAGUCUGGGAUUUUCUUCUCGGCACACGCGGGAAGAACGGAUUACAUGACCCGCUCGACAUUGGGGAAUUUGCUCUUCCUCCGUCUUUGGGAAAUGGUCUACGUAUUGGGAUUUGAGAGGUUGAAAGUUCUAUUAUGAUUUUUGUCUAAAAUUUAACUGCCGCUGUUAAAACUAUUAAAGAAAAAUAUACCCUGUU